AACCGAGCACACGCUAUGGCCAAGACGCGGGCGAAGAAGGCGGCGGCGGCCGGUGAUGCCCGGAGCACUGGGAAGGAAGGGGACAAGGCGCCGGUGAAGGGAGGCAGCGAUGCGCCGGCGAACGGGGUGGUGGUAAGCGUGCCAGUCCACUGCGAUGGCUGCGCCAGGAAGCUGCGCCGGUCUCUGCUGCGCCUCGAUGGGGUUGAGGAGGUGAUCGUGGAUCACUCGACCGACACGGUGGUGGUAACUGGCCAGAAGGCGAUGGAGAACCCGAUCAUGGUGGUCGAGGCGGUCAAGAGGAAGACCGGGAAGAAGGCGGUGCUGCUGAGCCCAUCGCCGGAGAAGCUGCCACCGCCGGUGAAAAGUGAGGAUAGCAAGAAACACGGUGCCGGGGCGCCAGACAUGAAAAAGGAUGUAGCGGAGUUCGACAUGGAAAUGGUUGUAGUGCUCAAGAUAGAAUUGCACUGUGAAGAUUGCAGUGAGGAGAUGAAGAAGAGGAUACUCAAGAUAAAAGGAGUGGAGGAGGCCGUGCCGCACAUCAAAUCUUCACAGCUGAUGGUGAAAGGGAUGGUCGAGCCAGCGACCCUAGUAGGGUUCAUCCACAAGUGCACGGGGAGGAAGGCUGCCAUCAUCAGAGCUGAGCCACUGCAUGAGGAUACGCCAGCAGCAGCCAUGGAUGGGGAUGCGCCUGCAGCGGAUGCCAAUGCCAAGAAGCAAGAACCAUCUGAUAAUCUGGAAAACAAAAAUGAACUAGGGGUAGAAGAAGAGACCAAAGAAGCCGUGAACAGAGAAGAAGAGACUGAAACGGAGAAGCCAGGCAAAGGGGAUGGAGAUGGGGUUGAGAAGGAGACGGUUGUAGAGGAAAACCAGACGAAGGACCACCUAUUCAAACUGCCUGCGCCGGCUUCACUUGUUGCGGUGGCGCCGGAGGCUGAGAAGAUGGCCGUGAACGGCCACUACCAGUACAACUACCACCCAGCAGCCUACGCUUACGCAUACCCGCACUAUGCUUAUCAGCAAUACCACCAAUACCCAUAUGCUGGUAAUCCAGCAACGUAUUAUGGGCCGUAUCCGCAGCACUAUCCGCCACAGACUUUCGGCGAUCAGAGCCCAGAUGCAUGCACCAUCAUGUAAUGUUAUGAACCGUGUGUAACUAGGUUCCAUGGUAACCAUAAGCCACCGUACAUGGAAUAAAGAGACCCAUCAUGUAGUGAACUGUGUGCACCUUCCAUGUCACAAGUCUUCAUAUAUAUGUUGAAUAAAGCAUCUGGUU